AAAUACUAGUUUUAAGAUUUGACUUCUGUAAACUUUGAGCGGUUUAUACAUCCAACUCAUUUUUGUUAGCUGCCCAGCACGAAUCACUCAUUUUGAUACUUGCAAAGUAACAAUCUUUUUCACCACCUGAGGAAACAUGGGAAAGAGAGCUUCAGAUUCUGGUACGGCAGCAACAACUUCUACUUCACUCGCCAUUGACAUCCCUCCUACAACGCCCAACAGGCAACUCAGAUUGAGGAUAAAACCAGUGCAAAAUUCCACUAGUAAGGUCAGGGAUGACGAACUAAUUGAAAAAGAAGCAAGAAACAAAUCAGCAAAGAGGUCAAAAACAUCUUUAAAGAAGAAAAUUGAUCCCAAUAAACCCAAGAAACCACCCACUGCAUUCUUCUACUUCUUGGAGGACUUUCGAAGAGGAUAUCAGGAAGAGAAUCCGAAGGUCAAGACCAUGCGUGAUAUAGGAAAGGCUUGUGGAGAGAAGUGGAAGAUCAUGACUUAUGAGGAGAAAGUGAAGUACUAUGACAUCGCAACUGAAAAAAGGGCUGAGUUUGACAGGGCAAUGGCAGAAUACAUCAGAAGAAAGGAGAGUGGUGAAGAUGCACAAUCUGAAGAUUCAGAUUUAGAUUUUGAUUACUGAAUAUACAAUCAUUGGAAGGUAAAUUCAGAUGAUAGGCACAGAACCAGUAAGGGCUAUACUGAAUCUAUCAGAAUGCAGGUGAGGUUGGUAAAAUAGAAAGAGAAAAAUUGUAUAUUGACUGAUUAGUGGCUAGUGAAGGUGUGUGUAUUAGAAUUGUACAUCAUUUCUGUGCAGAUUACUUAAUUUCAUCUUCAAUCAGAACACAACCCAAUUACGUUGGCGUCCGAUUUGAGGUUGGGACGUUAGUUAAUUCAUUGUGAGACAGUUCUUUAAUUA